AUGUCUGAAGAGGACUACUUACUCGGCGAGGACGCUCCCGCGGACGGAUUGGAUGAGGAUGGAGGUCUUGCGAGCGAGGAGGGCUCGGAGGACGAGACGAACGGAGUGAAGACGGUGGAGGCGACGGAGCAGGUGUACGGGCGGUACUCGAGGUGGUGUCUAUUCUUGGGGCUUGCUUCGGCGUCUUAUAUCUACUCUCUUGACGGUUGCACGACACCGUACUACCUAACGUUCGCUGCGUCGACCUUUGGAGAACUCAGCUUGAUCAGUUCCAUUCAAGUGUCACAGUCGAUCAUCAUUGCUGUUGGGAAACCAGUAAUUGCCAAGAUAGCUGAUAUCUCAUCAAGAGGUGCUGCAUAUGUCAUCGUCUUGCUUUUUUAUGUCAUUGGAUACAUGUUCAUUGCCUCGGCUUCAAGCAUUGCAUCAAUAGCGGGCGGUAUAAUUGCCUACGCCAUCGGUUACACCGGCCUACAACUGUUGACCCAAAUAAUAAUAGCCGAUAUCACCACUUUGAAGUGGCGGGGGCUCGUCUCCGCCCUCGUGUCCUCCCCCUUCCUGAUUAACGCCUGGGUCGGCGCGAACAUCGCCGACUCCGUGCUCGCACACGGCGGUUGGCGCUGGGGCUAUCGAAUGUUCAUCAUCCUCGUCCCGCUCGCCCUCGCCCCCCUCAUCGCGACGCUCCUCUGGGCCGAGCGGCGCGCGCGCCGGUUGGGCAUCGUCGACCGGAGCGUGCACGGGCGCGGGCACUCGCACUCGCGCACGCGGUCGUCGCUGUCGUCCUCCGGCUUCCUCUUGGCGAAGCGCACGCGGCUCGGGCGCGCGUGGCGGGUGCUCGAGUCGCUCGAUUUUGUGGGCCUGCUGUUGUUCGGUGUCGCGGUGUAUUUGGUGUUGAUCCCGUUCACGCUGGCGAAGGAGAACGGUGGACAUUCCCAAGCUGCUUCUGGGUGGCUCUCGCUGGUCGGGUGCAUUCUCUUCGCGUUAUUCGUCGUCUGGGAGCAGAGAUACGCCAAGCGACCUCUCUUCCCUAUCCGUCUCACUCGCAACUGGAGUGUCGUAGCAAGCUGCUUGAUUGGAUUUACUGACUUUAUUUCCUUCUAUCUCACAUUCACAUAUCUUUAUUCAUUUAUCUUGGUUGUGAAGCCAUGGACACUUAUACAAGCAAAUUAUUUCCUGCAAACCCAGAUGUUAGGACUGACAGUAGCUGGGAUUAUCGUGGGGGUCCUGAUGCGGUACUUGCAACGAUACAAGCCGCUCCUUAUAUUCGGUCUCCUGAUCCGACUCCUGGGCGUGAGCCUUAUGAUCCGCUCGCGCGGCGCCAAAGGGUCGACACUCGAGUUGGUGCUUACACAGCUCCUGCAAGGCGCCGGCGGUGGGUUCGCCGCCGUGUCUUCGCUCGUGGGCGCCCAGGCGUCCGUGGACCACCUCGACCUCGCGAUGGUGACCGCCAUGGUCCUCUUGGUGACGGAAAUCGGGGGCGCCGUCGGCGGGGCGUUCGCGGGUGCAAUAUGGGCAAAUAUGAUGCCUGGGAGGCUCCGACGGUAUCUGCCUAGUCUGUCUCCCGAAGAUAUAGAGGAGCUGUAUGGGAGCAUCUCGAAAGCCGCCGAACAUCCCCGAGGACAUCCUAUUCGGGAGGGUGUCAUUCACGCGUAUGAUGAUACAAUGAAGAUCAUGGUCAUCACCGCUACGGUGCUGAGCGUAGUGCCAGUGCUCAUUUCGUUGACCAUGCCGAACUGGUACCUGGGAGAUACGCAGAAUGCUGUUGACGACGCAGACGGAUCAGCAGAUGGCACAUCACCGGAGCGAUCGAGAAGGCCACAUAGUCUAAGCAGGAGCUAUAACAGUACACGGUGA